AUGGGAUCCAAGUUCCUAGGUUUGUUCUUGAUGGUUAACCUAGCAAUGUUUGGUUUUGUUUCCACUAAUGCGGCAGGCUGCCCUCCCCUUAGUGGAUGCAUAGGCAUUGCUGGAUUACUAAAUGUUCAGUUUGGUAGUCAAUCAAGUUCCCAAUGUUGUUCACUCCUUGGUGGGCUUGUCGAUGUUGAGGCAGCUGCUUGCCUUUGCACUAGCCUUAAGAAUUCACCAGUAGCUCCUCUACUUGGUUUACUUGGUCCCCUAACCGGACUUCUUGGGCCUCUUGCACCUCUCUUAGGCGGACUUGCUCCCCUUACCGGACAACAGGUCUCCGCCGUCUUUAAUGCAUGUGGAAUGAACUCUCCCACAACCAAUUCAUGUGCUUAA